AUAAAAUGACUUCAAAAAAGCAACUGAUAGAUGAAAUAUGUAUUAAUAAAAGAAAUAAUUUAAGUUGAGAUAUGUGAUUCUAUUCUUGAGAAAUCAUAUAAGAAUUAAUAAAGUUUGGAUUUAUUGAUUUAGAAAUAUCCGUUGAACGAAGGAAUUUAAUAAUAUUAAUUGAUCCCAGUGAGUUAAUAUGAAGAUUAGAGUAGAAAUGAAUUAAAACAAUUAUCAUGUGAAUAAUUGUCUUAUAUUUUGGAGGAUGCUCAACAUACAUUAGAUUAAGUAAUGUAUGAGGAAUUGUAAAUUAAUAAAUUGGGAUUGAGAGUACCAAAGAAAUCAUUAAUAAUAUCAAAUUAUGAGCAAUGGGAUUUUUUAUUAUAAUGGCCUAAAUCAAAUAAUUUAGACAGUAUAAUAAUAAAUAUAUAAAGCAUAACAAGUAAUGAGUAUAUUAAUUGAUUAAAUUAUUAGAUAAUAUAUAAGCAUAGCUGUAAAGAUCAAAAUAAAAAAAUGAUUAAGAUGAUCUUUAAUAGAAAUAUUAGGAAGCAUUAGAGAGAAUAGAGUAAUUGGAAAUGUAAUUAGAAAAUCAGUCAAAAGGAUAAAAAAAUGUAAUAAAAGGAAAUGUAUUAAAUACUAAAAAUCAAAUUAAUAAUUGUUAUUAAUUAAAAAGAGAUAAGUUAGAGUUGAUGGAUGAAUUGGAAAAAAAGUUAUUAGAUUUAGAAGCAGAAAAAGUAUUGAUGUCAACUUGUAGUAUGGAUGCAUUUUCUAAAUUACUUUAAACAAAAUAUUGA